AUGCGAGUGAAUGCUGACGAUCCCAGCGAUCCUGAGAAAGGCUCACCAGACCUCCUUCGACCACCACAGGCGAUGAGGAGACCCGGAUACCACAGGAACUGGAGUGCUCAGAGCAUCAGCCGGAGGGUGUUUGAGCAUUACGAUCACGUCCAUCAUCUUCAUUUCAAGGAGAGGAUAAGACACUUUACGUGGACAUGGUUCACGAUGACGAUGGCGACUGGUGGCGUGGCCAAUGUUCUCUACCACGUUCCAUACCGAUUCAGCGGUCUAUACGCUAUCGGUUGCAUAUUCUUCAUCCUUAACAUCUGUCUCUUCAUCUUCAAUGUCACCAUGAUCUCCCUCCGGUUCUACUUCCACCCGUCGACGUUCCUACACUCGCUACUCCACCCGACCGAGUCGCUCUUCAUACCGGCCAGCGUUAUCAGCAUCGGCACAAUACUUCUCAACGUCUCUCAGUAUGGUCUCACGGAGGGCAAGACAGGCGCUUGGCUGCUCACGACGAUGAACGUGCUGUUUUGGGUCUACUGUGGUCUGGCAGUCGUCUUUAGUUGCGGCAUCUACCUGAUCAUGUGGUCCACUCAAACUUUCACGAUUGCAUCCAUGACCCCUGUCUGGAUUUUCCCAUGCUAUCCACUGCUGGUCAUAGGACCACACGCUGGUGCAAUCGCAAAGCAUCUGGUACAUCGGCGUGGCGAGGCUCUCGACGUUCUCAUCGGAGGCUUUGUGUUCCAGGGUAUCGGGUUUAUGCUCUCAUUAAUGAUCUACGCGGCCUUCAUCUAUCGACUGAUGACCCAAAAGCUUCCCCAGGAGAACCUUCGACCCGGCAUGUUCGUUAGCGUCGGACCUUCUGGCUUUACAAUCUCUGGAAUUGUGACGAUGGGCAUGGUCAUACCGGAAGUGGCAUCGAAAGACUUCCUGCUUCCUGGCAACGGCGAGCUGGCGGCGAAUAUCUCCAGGGUCAUGUCGGUCUGGGCUGGACUUUGGCUGUGGGGUCUUGCGUUCUGGUUCUUCAUUGUGUCCGUUGGAGCACACUGGUCUUGUGUGCAGAAACGCCGCAUGACCUUUGCGAUGACAUUCUAUUCAUAUGUCUUUCCGAACACGGCUUUGACGACUGCAACGUUUGCGAUUGCCAAAGCCCUUGAUAAUAGGCCGAUCGCGAUCUUGGGAUGUGUAAUGACUUGCAUCCUCAUUGUCAUCUGGAUGUCAGUGUUCAUGAUGAUGAUACGAGCCGUGAUCAAGAAAGACAUCCUUUGGCCGCAGAAACAAGAAGAUCGUGAAGAAGGCGGAUGGACAAAGCAAGACUCAGAAGCCAAAGUCUGUGAUUUACGACGGUGCUCUACCGUCUCGGUGGGACUCAGACUGCGGACCGACGACUCCCAAGCACCGAGUGCCGGUCUCGCCACGACUGGAACGGCGAGCAGCAGUCUUGAUCGAUGGGCCGAUCGUGCAGGCUCUGGCAAUGGAGUGAUGGACGUUCCUGGGCACUUCGUCCUGCAGCCUGAAGCUGGAGAUGUAGUGAGGAAAGAUGAUGAUGUUCGAGAUAUGGUUUGA